AUGAUUAUCGUUUAAACAGUUAAUUCCUCGGCAACAGUUAUGGGCCAGAAGCCGGAGAAUUAAAUAAACGGCUCUUGAGUACGAUAAUCUGGCAACGGUGUCCCGGAGUUCAAACAUGUCCGGGUCAACCCUCCACACACCUUCUUAUUAACGCCAUUUUAGUGCAUGAGUCUUCCUGAUCGCUCCGACGCACCUGCCAACGCCACCACCACCAUGCCCAAGAAGAAGAGCGCUGUGGUUGACGCUGCGCCGCCCGCCACUAGCCAUGAGGAGCUUGGAGGAGAGAGCCACAAGAAGAAGAAGAAGAAGAGGAAGAGGACGGACAGUCAGGAGACGGAGAUGGAGGAGGCUGCCCAUAACCUAACCUAUACCUCCAUUACCUCCUCCUCCUCGGGCUUGGCGACACCGGGCAAGAAGAAGAAGAAGAAGAAGAAGAAGAGGAAGAGCCUUGACGAGAGUGAGGUUCUUCAAACAACCAUCAACGGGGUCAAGGAAGAAGAGGAGGAGGAGGAGGAGGAGGAAGGGAAGACCAAGAAGAAGAAGAAGAGGAGGAAAUCGGAGACAGCCACGGAGGAAGAGGAGAAGAAGGAGGAGGAGGAGGAGGAGGAGAUGGUGGUCAUGGAAGAGCCAGUCCCCAAGAAGAAGAGGAAGAAGAAGGGGAAGAAGGAAGAAGAGGAGGAGGAGGAGAUGAGUCCGAAGAAGAAGGAGGAAGAGAAAGUGACCCCAAGGAAGGAAGAGGAGGAGGAGGAAACCCCAAGGAAGAGGAAGAAGGAGGAGGAGGAGGAGAUGAGUCAGAAGAAGGAGGAAAAGAGAAUGACCCCAAGGAAGGAGGAGGAGGAGGAGGAGAGCCCAAGGAAGAAGAAGAAAAAGAAGAAAAAGAGGCAGGAGGAAGAGGAGGAGGAGGAGAAGAAGAAGGAGGAGGAGGAGGAGGCAGCUGCAAAAUCAGAGGAGAAGAAGAAAGUUAAGUUUCUCCUUAAUCUUCUCUUGUAUUCCCCCGCCCCCCCACAGCUGCAGUCCACCCCCCCUGUCUCCACCUCCACCACCACCCCCACCUCCACCAAAGGAAAGAAGAAGGCGAAGUUGAAGGAAGAGGAGGUGGAGGAGAAGAAAGUGGAAGAGGAAGAGGAAGUUCAUGAUAAUGAUGGCUGGACCCAAGAGGAGACCUAUGACCUCCUGGACCGGGUGAAGGAACAAUUUCGCAAAGACAAACGGGCGUGCCGGGCAUCCGUUGGGGGGGUGGACUGGGGGGCCGCCGCUCCCCCGGGCCAUACACCCGACGAUGCCCGGGAACACUUCAUGGCCCAUUAUAAGAAGAUUAACCAAUAUAAGACCCUGACAACCGUGGUGGAUGAGGUCCGCAGCCUGGUGGAAUCCGGGUUGAUCAUCCACCCCAAGCCCCUCCUCCUGCCCUACCAGAGGUUCCUCAAAAAGCACUUCACCCAGGAACAGCUCAAUGAAGCCAAGGAGAGAGGGGAGAACUUCCGGAUGGGCCAUGCAGCGUGGAAGAACCUGCCGGAGGAAGAGCGGGAGGUUUUCAUCCGUGAGUACAAGCAGGACCGCGCCAAGGCAAGGCAGACCACAGCAAAGGGUGGCAAGAAAUCUGGCAAGCUGAUCAAACUUCCAAAACUUCCACACCAGUUAUACCGGGAUGACGCGGAUGACAGCACCAAGGGAGGGAGCCGCCCCCCCUACUCAUCCCUCACGCCAUCCCAGCAGCUCCCAUACAUCCGCCGGUCGCUGGAGGAACACAUCCGCUACCAGGCCGAUGUUAAGGCUUACUCCGCCGCCCACCCCGACUUCUCCGCCCCGCCCUGCCCCGCCAUUGGUAAGACAGACCUCAAGCUGUACCUGGAGUCUCAUGGGUACCCCGAGGUGCCCCCGUCGCGCCCCCAGACCGUGCUCUACCGGGAACUGCUGCAGAAGGGGGAGUUGGAAGACCUGCCGGGCCUGAAGAAGAUGUCCGAGGCGUUGAGGAGGUACAGGGAGAUGAGUGUCCAGGAGAAGCUCGUCUACAGGGAGAGGCAGGCCAAGAGCGUAGAGUCUUACGAGGAGGGCCUGAGGAAGUUCUCCGAGGGCCAGGAUGAGGUGACCCACUUUGCUCUCAAGAAAUACCAGGAACACAUCAAAUCACAUCCCACCAAGAAGACAACGACGAUCAAAGUCAGGCCCCGCUCCACCACACUCGAGACCAUCUUCCCGCACACCGCCCCGGCUGUUCUCACACAGUGCCCAAAAUUCCUCGGGGAACCUCCACGUCCGGUUCCGUCAGCGUUCAAACUCUUCGCUCUGAAACUCCGCGCGACGUAUGAAGACCUUAGUGGGGCGUCCCUCCAGCGCGCCUUGAGGGAGGGGUGGAAGGGGCUGACGACGGACGAGGUGGCGGUGUACGAGUCUCGCUGUCGGCUCUUACACAAGGAGUUCGAGAAGGAGGUGAAGGCGUACGUUCGUCAAAUGGACCCCAAGAAUCGUCGGCUGUACCUCGGGUUCAAUCGAUACACACUCUAUAAGUUCUUCGGGAAUCGGGAUGUGUUCAUUGAUGAUUUCCCGAACAGCGACGAGUACCCGGUGUUCCUUAAGGGUCAGAAGCAGCCCCCAACCAGCCCCAGCAAGCCCCAAGAAGAAGAGGAAGAGGAGGAGAGUGAGGAGGAGGAGACUACUCAGAAGAAGACCACUAAGUUAUCUCCACUCCAGUUCUCCUCCCUGAAGUUAUCUCCCUCCUCCAGUCCGAAGAAGCCCUCCUCCUCCUCCUCCUCCGCCUCCCCGUCGAAGAAGAAGACCAAGGCCCCUCCUCCUCCUCCUCCCAUGUCGGACUCAGAGGAAGAGGAAGAAGAGGAAGAGGUGAAUGUGACGAGUGGGUCUCCAAUUAAGAAAAAUGAGAAAAAGUCCCCUGCAACCAAGACCAAGCAACCACCACAACCACAACCAAAGUCGGAUUCUGAAACUUCAGCGGAUGAGAUGGAGAUUGCCCCGGCCUGGUUUUCCCCACAAGUCAACCAGCCCAAGAAAAAGUCCCCUGCAACCAAGAAGACCAAGAAGCAACCACCACAACCACCUCCACCAAAGUCCGAUUCUGAUUCCGAUGAUGAGGAGGAGGAGGAGGAGAUUACCCCGGCCUGGCAUUCCCCACAAGUCACCCAGCCCAAGAAGCAGCCACAGAAACAACCACCCCAACAGAAGAAGAAGAAACAGAAAGAUUACAGCAGCUCAUCCUCAGGGUUCUCAGAUUAGUGAUGUUCCCUUCCACCGCCUCCACCAGGGACCCUAAACACCUUGCUCCACCUCACCACAACUGCUCAACAUGUGCUCCACCCCUCCCUCAAGAUGUCUGCGCCUCCUCUUCUGUUUCUGUAGUCCACCUCUCUCCAGCAUUCUGUUCCCUUCCCCCUUCACAUCCCCUUCUCCAACACCCCUUCCCAGCAUCUCCGAACCAUCCCCCCCCACUUCAGGCCCGGCAGCUGUGAGGAUGUACACCAUGCAAGAGACAUUUACAAACUUCAAAUAGAUCACUUAACAUCCCUCUAGUAAGUGUUGGUAGCAGAAAUGGAUUUACGAGGUUUUGGGAAGGUAUCUGGAGGGGGGCCGUCACUUCCUUGCCCUAUGCUGAGGUUUGGUUGGGGGCUUCCUAGGCUUGCCCCUUUUUCAGACACUGGGGAAUGUAUGGAGAUUAGAGGAGCGUGCUGUGUGUGUCCUCUGGGUGCUGGCAAGGGUGUCCUGUAUUGGGGGUUGGGGGGAUUAGAGAGAGAUUUAUGGGUUGUAAUGUAA